AUGCCGAGCACGUUUGGCCUUACAAGCCGCGGAUCCAACGUCCGCUCUCGUGGCACUUUUCGCAAGCGUGGAGGCGGUCCAAGAUCCGGCUCCUUCAAGAGCGCAACCGAAAAAGCCAUUGCCAAUGCGGCAGCGCAGCUGGUCAAGGGCAUCGAGGAUGGUUCCGCCGUCGAGGAACGUUUCCAAGAGGUCAAGGAGCGAGACGAGAUCGACGAGAAGCUCGGCUUUCACCGUCUCGAGCAGGGUGAAACAAGGCAAGCAUGGCUAGUCAACAUGCACCCCACCCUCCUGCGCGACUCGGAUCACCCCACAGGCAAGAGCGGUGUCGAUUUCUACUUCAUCGAGGACGACGCCAGCAUGUUCAAGGCCACCGUCCUCUACCAGCCAUACUUCCUCGUCGGAUGCCGACCAGGGUCCGAGAGCUCCGUCGAGGAAUGGCUCCGUCGCAGAUUCGAAGGUCUGAUCCAGUCGAUACAGCGCGACCGCAAAGAGGAUCUCAAGCUUCCCAACCACCUGCUCGGCCACCAGCGUCUUUACCUUCGACUCACCUUCCUCAACGUUCAGGACCUCCUCUCGGUCCGCAAGGAGCUUCUGCCCAUCGCAAAAGCAGCACAAAAGAAGCUCUCUGCUGUCGACACGUACGCCGACGUGCUGAGCGCCGCUUCGGCCGCUGCCGCAAGUGCCUCGGUCGAGAUCGAGAUGGAGACGAAUGGCGAAAGCGGUGGUCUCGUCGGCGAUGACGGCUGGACUGGAGGCCGGAGGCGAGCAGCGGCCAGCGCCUUGGAUCCUGCCGAGUGCCUCGUCGACAUCCGAGAGUACGACAUCCCCUACUACCUCCGCGUUGCCAUCGACCAGGACGUCCGAGUCGGUCUCUGGUACGACGUCAGCUUCGAAGACGGUAUCGUCAGCCUUCGAAUGGUCACCGACCGCGUCAAACGUGCCGAUCCGGUCGUCAUGGCCUUCGAUAUCGAGACCACAAAGCAGCCGCUCAAGUUUCCCGACGCCGAGACCGAUGCCAUCAUGAUGAUCUCGUACAUGAUCGACGGCCAAGGUUAUCUUAUCACCAAUCGCGAGAUUGUCUCUGAAGACAUCGAAAACUUCGAUUAUACCCCCAAGGACGAGUACGAAGGUCCCUUCAUGAUCUUCAACGAAGAGAACGAGCUCGCCCUCCUCGAACGCUUCUUUGAACAUUUCCGUGACGCCAAACCUACCGUCGUCGCGACGUACAACGGUGACUCGUUCGAUUUCCCCUUCAUCGAUGCACGUGCUCGCGCGCAUGGCCUCAACAUGACCACCGAGAUCGGCUUUGCAAAGGACUCGGACAACGAGUACAAGUCGCGCGCCACCGCCCACCUCGACUGCUUCCGAUGGGUGCAGCGUGACUCGUAUUUGCCGCAGGGCUCGCAGGGUCUCAAGGCCGUGACCGUGGCCAAGCUCGGCUACGACCCAAUGGAGCUCGACCCCGAACUCAUGACGCCGUACGCCAUCGAGCAACCCCAGACACUGGCUCAGUAUUCGGUCUCCGACGCCGUCGCCACUUACUACCUCUACAUGAAGUACGUGCAUCCCUUCAUUUUCUCGCUCUGCAACAUUAUCCCUCUCAACCCGGACGAGGUGCUGCGUAAAGGUUCGGGCACGCUAUGCGAGACACUUCUCAUGGUGCAAGCCUUCAAGGGCAACAUUGUCAUGCCCAACCGUCACGAGGAUCCCGUCGGCAACACCUACAAGGGCCACCUUCUCGAGUCAGAAACUUACGUCGGCGGGCACGUGGAAGCUCUGGAAGCCGGUGUCUUCCGCUCCGACAUCGAGACCGACUUUCGCGUGGAUCCUGCCGCGAUCCAACAGCUCAUCGACGACCUCGAUGCGGCGUUGCAGUUCAGCAUCCGGGAGGAGGGCAAGCUGGCCAUGGACGACAUCGAGAACUACGACGAGGUCAAGGCCGAGAUCCGCACCAUGCUCGAGGUGAUGCGCGACCAUCCGAUCCGUAAAGAUUGCCCGCUCAUCUACCAUCUCGACGUCGCCGCCAUGUAUCCUAAUAUCAUGCUUAGCUACCGGCUCCAGCCGGAUUCCAUGGUAAGCGAAGCCAUGUGCGCCACGUGCGACUACAACCGCCCAGGCAUGAAGUGCGACAAGCGCAUGGACUGGGCGUGGCGUGGCGAGUACUUUCCAGCCAAGCGCGACGAGGUCAACAUGAUCCGCAACGCCCUCGCCAACGAGACCUUCCCACCCAAGGCGGCGCAUCUGCCCCGUCGCAUCUACGACGACCUCGAGCAGAACGAGCGCACCGCCCUGCUCCACAAGCGACUCGGAGACUAUUCGCGCAAGGUCUACAGGAAGACGCACGAAUCCAAGACUGUCAUUCGCGAAGCCGUCAUUUGCCAGCGCGAGAACCCCUUCUACAUCAACACGGUGCGCGAUUUCCGUGACCGUCGUUACGAAUACAAAGGCUUGCACAAGACGUGGAAGAAGAACCUGGACAAGGCCGACUCGCUCAACGACACGAUGGAAGCCAAAAAGAUGAUCGUGCUCUACGACUCGCUGCAGCUGGCCCACAAGUGUAUCUUGAACUCGUUCUACGGCUAUGUGAUGCGAAAGGGCGCCCGUUGGUACUCGAUGGAGAUGGCCGGCAUCACGUGUCUCACCGGCGCUUCCAUCAUCCAGAUGGCCAAGGAGCUCGUCGAACGCAUAGGCCGACCGCUUGAACUCGACACCGACGGUAUCUGGUGCAUGCUUCCCGGCGUCUUCCCCGAGAAUUUCACCUUCAAGGUCAAAGGCGGCAAAAAAUUCGGCAUCUCUUAUCCUUGCACCAUGCUCAACCAUCUCGUUCACGAGAAAUUCACCAACCAUCAGUACCACGAGCUGGUCGAUAAGGAAAAAGGAAAGUACGAAAUUCGCAGCGAGAACUCGAUCUUUUUCGAGCUCGACGGCCCUUAUAAGGCCAUGAUCCUGCCCUCGUCCAAGGAGGAGGACAAGCUGCUCAAGAAGCGCUACGCCGUCUUCAAUCCCGACGGCUCGCUCGCCGAACUGAAAGGGUUCGAGGUUAAGCGUCGUGGAGAACUGCAGCUCAUCAAGGACUUCCAGAAACAGAUCUUCGAAAAGUUUUUGCUCGGCACUACGCUCGACGAGUGCUACGCUGCCGUCGCCAAGGUCGCCAACCAGUGGCUCGAUGUGCUGUACAGCAAAGGUUCCACGCUGCACGACGAGGAGCUUAUUGAUUUGAUUGCCGAGAACAAGUCCAUGUCCAAGACCCUACAGGAGUACGGUAGCCAAAAGUCGACUGCCAUCACGACCGCCAAGCGUCUGGCAGAGUUCCUGGGUGCUCAGAUGAUCAAGGACAAGGGCCUCGCAUGUAAGUUUAUCAUCAGCGCCAAGCCCUUUGGAGCGCCCGUCACCGAGCGUGCCGUGCCUGUGGCGCUCUUCAACGCAGAGCCUUCUGUCAAGCAGCACUACCUCAAAAAGUUCCUUCGCGACAACUCGAUCACCGAUUUCGACAUCCGCAACAUCCUCGACUGGAACUACUACAUCGAACGCUUCGGCGGUGUCAUCCAGAAGCUCAUCACCAUCCCAGCCGCCAUGCAGAAGGUGUCCAACCCAGUACCGCGAGUGCGCCACCCAGACUGGCUCUACAAACGUGUCGCUGCACGUGAGGACAAGUUCAAGCAGAGGAAACUCACCGACGUCUUCCGCCCUGCUGCCAAGCCAACUUCGACCGAGGCGAGCACCACAGUCAAACCAGUGGCAUCAGUGGCAGUGGCGACCAUCACCGAGAUCGAGCCGGAGGUAGAAGAGGUGGCCCCCGACAUGAGCGUAGAUUACUCUGGAUGGGUCGCUGUCAUGAAGAAGAAAUGGCGCAGACAGCGAUUGCAGAGGGCCAAGGAGCGCAAGGCAAGAGCCAGUGGCGGCGACGCUUUUGGUUCGUCGACGCUCGGCAAGGGGACCGUCGGCUCGCUCUUCUCCAAACGCUCCGCCAAUAUGGCCACAGCGGUGUGGGACGUGGUGCAAAUCUGCCCGUCGUCGCGUCCGGGAGAGUACCGAAUGUGGAUUUCGAUCGACCAGCACCUGCAGUCGCUCAAGCUGCGAGUGCCGCGCCAAUUUUACGUCAACUUUAAAAGCCAACCCAGCAGCGCGGUCUUUUUGUCGGGCGUCUAUCAGGCCGAGAGGCUGGUCAAGACGCUGCCACGAGACAUCCCUUGUCGACACCUCUACCGCAUCACUGUCGACGAAGAUGUGUAUCAAGAGCAAGAGGCGCAUUUCAGCAACCUCAUCCACCAUCCCAACGUCGAAGGCGUUUACGAAAAGCAGCUGCCUCUCGAUGUGCGGGCGCUCAUCCAGCUUGGCUCUACUUGCGUGUACGGACGGAACUCGCAGGCGCAAAAGCUCAGCCGAGCGCUCGACACUGGCUUCCACUUGCAGGAUCUGUCUGCUCCCACUUCCGUCGACAUCUCGCCGAGCCACAAGUACCUUUCGGGAGGCACCGGUAUCCGUUACUUUUACCUGUACCAUGCCAACAAGGAUGGCCGUCACGUGAUGAGUCUCUUCAGCCCCGAAGGCGAGAUCAAGGUGCACAUCGUCGACUCCGCAGGCUUGCGUCAGGUGCCCAACCUCGAAACCAUGUACGCGGACCGUGUCGCCCACAUGCGCAAGCGGGGCAAGCUGCCGGAGGGUAGUGGCGUCUUUGAAUAUGCAGACACGAUGCGUGUCGAUGUUCGCGUUCACACGUCGGCGUCUCGGGCGUUCAAGGCGCUCGCCAAGGACCUCGCCACGCUCAAGGUCGCCAAGCAGGGUUCGGCCAUGCUGGCACUAUGCACCUCCAAGGACCAGGCAUACUACGAGACGCGCAUCCCCAGCGUCGCUGAGUUUCCCAUUAUCAAGAUCGCCGCCGCCGCCCUUGAGGAUGAUCUGCCGCCGCUCGGCUGGCAGCUCUACUCGGCGCGCAGGAUGCUGCAAUGCUAUCUGCGAGCAUCGGCUUGGAUCCGCGGCUGGAUUGAUCUUGCCAGCCACUUUGAUCUGCCGUUGGGCAACAUGGAGAAGGACUUCAGCCUCUUUGGCGCCGAUAUCGACUUUGCGCGCCGUCUCGUCAAGCAGGACAUGGUGUUGUGGUGGUCGCCGCAUCCUCAGCCGGAUCUCGGUGGCAGGGAGCAGGAUAUCCACGCUCAGUCCAGAUGGGACGAGCAGGAAUCGCUCGAGAUCAGCCAUGCAGGAGCUUACUCGACCGUCUGCCUCGAGGUCGGGCUGGUGGACCUGGCCGUCGACUCGGUCCUUCAGUCAGGUACGGUCAACGAGAUGGAAGGCAGCACGUCUGGCCUUGCCUUCGAGGGCGCUUCCCACAACUUGGACGAGUACUCCAGGGGUACGGUGGAGAGUUCGACCAUCUUGGGCGACUCGGUCCUCACCUCGGCUGUCUUCACCGCUGUCAAGGGUAUGGUCAAGGCCUGGUACACGACCAAACGACGCAAUCGCUCGCCGUACGCUGCACUGCUGUCGGACAACUUCUGGCGCUGGGCGUCGUCUGAUGGCUCGGCGCUGUUCGAGCCAGCAUUACAGCGGUUCUUGUUUGGACUGAUGAAGAAGACGCUUCUCCAGCUGCUCGCCGAGUUUAAGCGGUUGGGAGCCUCGAUCGUGUACGCCUCGUUCAAUCGGUUGUUCCUCCUCACCAGCAAGCCAACGGCCGCCAACGCGAUGGCCUACUCGCGCUACCUGCUUUCGGCGGUCACCAGUCGCGAGCUGUUCAAGCACAUCCAGCUCGACAUUAUCCACUAUUGGGAGUACCUGCUCUGGAUGGACACGGCCAACUUUGGCGGUGUCAUCGCGGAUGCAGAGUCGCUCGUCGCACCCACGAAGGAGCAAGCAGGAGAGGGAGCUCGGGCGGAUGCGGUUGCGCCCACAUUCAACGUGGAGAUGAACUGGAACAUCCAAACAUUCCUUCCGCUCGCUGUGCAGGAAAAGUUCUCGGUGGCCGUCGGGUCCUUCAUCUACAGCCUGUACGAGUACAAGCGUCGGGCCGCUCUGGCUGGCGAGCACGAGCGCACGCCUCUUCGUGCUGUCAUUGAGCCCAACACACCCGCUAACACAGUGGCACCGGGCGACGAGGAGCAAAGAAAGGGCGACAAGGGCGAGUCAGUUGCUGCACCGUCGACCUUGGCUCCGGCUGCCAAGUUUGCGACGGACCUUAUCAACCACACCAUGACGCGCAAGAUGCUCAAGCAGCUCUCAGAGCUCAAACACGCCAUGCAGACGUCGUCGGACGAGAUCAACGCCGCCGUCGCUCGCGACGAAGACGAAGAGUACAUCGACAUGCUCACCACCGAGCACCGCCGCAUAUGGUCUUUCCCCACGCUUCCUGGAACCUGGAUGGCGCUCUCGAACCCGUUGCUCGAGUUCAUCAAGACGACCACAGCCGUUCUCGCGCUGGCAAAGGAGAACGCGAUCGAGGUGCAGAUCAUGAAACGCAACCUGCUUGACAUGAUCAAUGUGCGCGAGUUCUCGUCCGAGGCCGAGUUCCGCAACCCUUGCGAGCCGUUCAAGCUGCCGCUGGUGAUUUGCACCUUCUGCAACGACGACCGAACGCUCGACUUGUGUCGUGAUGCCGAUCUGAUGCCAGAAGCCACGGCGACGGGAGCGACGACGCCCAAGUGGAAGUGCGCAAAGUGUGCCUUCCCGUACAACAUCGCGCAUCUCGAGAUGCGCCUCGUCAACAUCGCUACGUCGUAUCUGGAAUCCUUCCAUCUGCAAGACUUGCGAUGCAACAAGUGCGGUGCGCUCAAGCAGACCAACCUGCAGCCGCACUGUGAGUGCUCGGGUAGCUUUGGUCUCAUGGUGACGCGCAAGGAGACGCUCAAGAAGCUCAAGUCGCUGCAGACCAUCGCUCAAUACCAUGGUCUCGCAACGGUUGCGAUGGCCGUGGAAGGAAUCUUGGCCAUGAUCUGA